GACAAACUGGAGGAUUUCUGCAAAGAGCAGCUCAAGAAGAUCUCAGACAGAGUUGCUGGUGCUACAGGUCCCUCUGUGUGCUACAACCUGUCUCCAGCAUAUCCUCAGAUUUCAUCCAAGAAAACUGAUCUGAUAGCUCCUUCUACAGCAAAGGUGACACCUGUAGAGGAGCUCAAAGGCUCUGCUCCAGUGGCUCCUCCAGCCAAAGUGUUUUCUUUUGGACUGUCUGGAGAUCCUGCUAAGAACACCACCAGUGCUGAUGUCAGCUUGAAGGGCUUCACAUUUGGAUCUAUGAAAACAGUGUCUUCUGGGUUUAGAUUGAAGGAUGCUGUGGUUAUAUCUGCUGGCUCUGGAGCUCAGGCAGAGAAGAAAACUAUUCAGACCGAUGCACCACAACAGAUGAAUGUGUCAGCAGCUCCAGUGGUCCCAUGUAAUACUGCCCCCUGCAGCACUGAAACAAAAAGGGAUGCAACGCUGCAAGAAGGGUUAUUUUUGGUUAAAAAAGAUGGACAGGAGGAUUUCCUGGGAGGAAAUAAGGCUACAUCUAGUCACAGCAUUUUUAGUCAGACGGCAAAACCAAAUAUGAAAAACAAGACCUCUGCUGCUCCGUCAAGCUUCUCUUUUACCUCCAGUUUUGGGUCUGUCUGCCAACCUGCUGCGACAGCAUUUAAAGACAAUCCAGGCAAUGCUCUUAGGUCCAGUACAAUAACUGAUAAAGCAUCCUUAGAAGGCUUCAAGAUUGAGUCCUCUACAACUGAGGCUGAAAAGUCAUCAAGCGGUUCAACAUUUUCAUUUUCCAUGCCAGUGUCCGGUGGUGUAUUCAACUCUGGUAUUUCAAAAUCUGAGGUAAAAACAUCAGACAAACAGUCACAAAAUGGAUCUGCAUCAGACUUUCUGAAAAAUGUUGCUGUAGUUCACAAAGAGGAAAAAGAAGAAGCAGCCCCAAGUUCCUCAGAUCAGUCUGUAGAUGCUUGCCGUCAUGAUAAUAGUCCGCUCAAUACCGAUCAAGGUUCUGAAGGUGCAUUGAGGAAUCUGAAGGGAAAGCCUUACGUGGAUGGAGCUGAUGGAGCAUCUGAUCAUGCAGGUCUUUCUUCAGGAUUUGCAUCUGAAAGUUCGGUUUCGUUUGCAGACUUGACCAAGAGUGCAGAGGAGUUUGCAUUUGCCAAAAAAGAUCCUCAUUUUACUUGGUCAAACGCCGGAGCCAAAGUUUUUGGUUGUGCAGUGACACAAAAUGAAGAGAAAGAGGAGGGCUGUGAUGAUGAUAAUGACGAGAUCCACUUUGAGCCAAUCGUGUCUCUGCCUGAGGUGGAGGUGAAGUCCGGUGAGGAGGACGAAGAGAUCCUGUUCAAAGAAAGAGCCAAACUGUACCGUUGGGAUCGUGAGCUCAAUCAGUGGAAGGAGCGUGGCGUUGGAGACAUUAAGAUCCUCUUCCACCCCGUGAAAAAGCGCUACCGUGUGGUGAUGAGACGCGAGCAGGUGCUAAACGUCUGCGCCAACCACACCAUCACCCAGAGCAUCACGCUCAAGCCCAUGAACACCUCGGCUAACGCACUGGUGUGGACCGCCAACGACUACUCUGAAGGAGUGGAGAAAGUCGAGCAGCUUGCGGCCAAGUUCAAGACUCCAGAGCUGGCCGAGUCCUUCAGACGAGUGUUCACAGACUGCCAGAGCUGCAUGUCGCAGACUGAUGCCGCUCAGACGUCUGCCACCGAGGCCCUUUCCCAAGAGUCCAACCCUGUGGUGUUCUUCAACAUCAGCAUAGAUGGUGAGGAUGCUGGGAGGAUCAUCAUGGAGCUCUUCGCUCACAUUGUCCCCAAAACGGCGGAGAACUUCCGGGCUCUGUGUACGAGAGAGAAGGGCUUCGGCUACCACCAGUCUGUCUUCCACAGGAUCAUCCCUGGUCUCAUGUGUCAGGGUGGAGAUAUCACCAACCAGGAUGGGACGGGAGGAAAAUCCAUCUACGGAAGUAAGUUUGAAGACGAGAGCUUCGAUGUGAGGCACACAGGGCCAGGGUUGCUCUCCAUGGCCAACCGUGGCAGAGAUACCAACAACUCACAGUUCUUCAUCACCCUCAAGAAAGCAGAGCACUUGGACUUCAAGCACGUGGCCUUCGGCUUUAUCAAAGAGGGCAUGGAUGUGGUGAGGAGAAUCUGCAAGCUGGGCACUAAAGAUGGGAAACCCACGAAAACUAUCACCAUCUCAAAGUGUGGACAGAUUAAGUGAAUUUUUCUAUGCAAACAACUGUUCAUCAUGUUUGAGAUUGUUUUAAUAAACUGCACAGCAUUAGUUGACAGUGAAACUUAUGCUUUGCAAAAAAAAAAAAAAAACUAACGCUUUUGAUUAGAGCCCACAAUUUACAGCACAAGUAAAAAGAAAUAACUUUGUAGCUUUUUUUUUUAAACUACAGUUUACCUAUACAAGACACUUUAAAAUGUGAAUGAAAUAAAAUAUGGCUCCGCAUUUGUCCCAUUCAAAGUGCAUACACAGUAGUGAACACACACCUGGAGCAGUGGGAACAUUUAUGCUGCGGUGCCCAGGGAGCAGUUGGGGGUUUGGUGCUUUUCUCAAGGACACCUCAGUCAUUGUAUUAAAGGUUAGGAAUGUGAAGGACUCUUCUGAGUUGAGUCUAUCAUGUUUGUGGCGCUCAUGACAGAAAUAUGUGUGGAAAAUAGAAGAAAACUAAUCAAAGCAAAAAGGACUGGAGUU